GUCACCGCCGCCUCCUCUCCCGUCUGGCGCCCUCGCCAAUCGCAAGAUCAUCCAGCCAAACUCCCCUGUACAUCGCUCGCCGCCUCCAGCCCGGAACUGUCUGCACCGACCGCCGCUGCCUCUCCCGUCUCAGCCCUCCCACCGGCCGCCACCUCCAGCCCGAGCACCUCCUCCGAGCGCGCUUCUCCACCCCGAGCGCGUCCUGCAACCCUUGCCGGACUUUCAGCCCGAGCAGGCCCUCCAGGCACCGAGAUCGCUGCUCUCUUCCCCGGGCCCCCACCGCUGCGCACUCUGUUUCCAGGGAGACGCAACGCGGGGUGCAACAAGUUGAGCGUCGUCUCAAGCAGCGGGAGGAUACACUCUGUUUCCAGGUUUGCCCUCUCAGCUCACCCAUCUCAGCUUAGAAAAUUAGGAUGUGAAUGGUGCCUGGAUUUCGGAUUGACUCGCAGAUCCAUCAUGUCGUCGUUCACCGGUGUAUCUGUCGUCACCGGCAGAGAGCAGUGCACCACGUCAGCCGUUGACGCCGACACGGACAGCAGGUAUCACCUGCUUGUGGUAAAAAACUACUCUCGUACCGUACAAGAGAUGCCUAACGGCGUGGGCAUCAGGGCUGGGCCCUUCAUGGUAGGAGGUCGUAAAUGGCGCAUCGGGUACUACCCCAACGGUGUCAACCAGAGUCGUGUUGGAUACAUUUCUCUCGAUGUUUUCCUUGGCGAUGAGGAAGACGAAAUUGAAGAGGUUGUGAAGGUGAAGUUCCAGUUUAGCUUUGUUGGCCAGGUUGAGAAGCAGGAGCCAAAGUAUAUUCGUUCGACCCAAACAUGCAGCUUCUCCAGCAAACAUCGUCGUUGGGGCAACACAAAGUUUGUGAAAAGAGAUGCUCUUGAACAAUCAACACAUCUAAAGGCAGAUUGUUUCACCAUCCGGUGUGACAUCAUGGUUUGCAAUGAUUUCAACAACCAGGAUGCCAGGGUCACCCUGCCUGACAUUGGCCAGCAAUUUAAAAUUCUACUUCAAGAUAAGGUGGGUUGUGAUGUCACAUUUGAGGUCAGCGGUGAGAUGUUCCCUGCACACCGGUGCGUGCUUGCAGCCCGAUCUAAAGUUUUCAGGGCUCAACUCUUUGGUCCCAUGAUAGAGGGUAUAACGUCCAGUGCCAUACAGAUCAAAGACAUGGAAGCAAAAGUGUUUGUGGCUUUGCUAAGCUUCAUCUACUCAGACUCAUUUCCUGAGAUGGAGGACAAAGCACAAGCUGUGGAAGUAGAAGAAGAGGAAGCAGUAGAGUAUGAAAUCCCAGAAGUUGAGGAAGAAGGACAAGAAGAGGAAGCAAGAGAGCAUGUAACGUGGCUGCAAUGGCUGCAAGAUUUGUUUGUAGCGGCAGACAGAUAUGAUAUCCAACAGCUCAAGUCUUUAUGUGAGAAGCAGUUAUCUGAGAACAUAGGUGUGAGCUCCGUGGCGUCCACUCUGGCUCUAGCUGAGCAACACCACUGCCGCAGAUUGAAGGAUGCGUGUUUGAAUUUUAUUCAAGUUCAGUCUCCCAAGUGUUUGGGUAAAGUAAUGGUGACUGAUGGCUGGAAGCAUAUAAGUACAACCUAUCCCUCUGUUUUGGAUGAGCUCAUUGUCAAGCUUGCGUCAAAUCAGAAGGAGAAGAAGAGGAAGCACAAUAGUAUGUUUUGCAAGACCUGAAGUAACACUGUUAUGCAUAUAUGGGAUGGGAUCCUCUAGGUCGAUGGUGUCUGUUUGUCUUGCUUUUGUUUCAUCACCUCAUUUGCCUAUAUGUUGGAUCUAUGUUGAACCGGAAAGAUCCAACAUAUGGCAGAUAUGGAGCUUCCUGUAAUUUCAUGUGCAAGUUGCUUAGCUAGUUGUUUCUUUGGGCCUUCCCUCUUAUGAAAGAAAACCUUUUCUAGUGGUUAUCAAGAACUA